GAUAUACUUAUCUUUUUUCUUGUAGCUCCAUCAUAUCUAUUUAUCUCUUCUUUCUCGCCCUCGAAAAAAAAAAACAUUCACAAUCUGUUAAAUGGCUUCACAUAAAGUUGCUUUAUUAUCCUCGAUAUUGGUUGUUUCUCUCUUCGUUACCUUCACAGAAGCUAGAGACAUCAUGGUUGGAGGCAAAAAUUAUUCAUGGAAAAUCCCUUCCUCUGAGUCUGAUUCUCUCAACAAAUGGGCUGAGGCUUCACGUUUCCGAGUUGGAGACACACUAGUUUGGACUUAUGAUCCCAAAAAGGACUCGGUACUUCAAGUCAUUAAAAAGGAUUAUGAAACCUGUAAUACAUCAAGUCCUCUAGUUACAUACAAGGAUGGUAACACAAAGGUGAAGCUUGACAAGUCAGGGCCAUACUACUUCAUAAGUGGAGCUGAUGGGCAUUGUGAGCAGGGACAAAAGUUAAUUACUGUGGUUAUGUCAAUGAGAAGCCAUUUCAUGGGUAUUUCUCCAGCACCUUCUCCGGUAGAAUUUGGAGGUCCUGCGGUGGCUCCAACUAGCACUGGUGGUGUGAAUUUGAGGGGUAGUUUGGGGUUGAGUUUUGGGGUCUUGACAGGGCUGAUUCUGCUCUGAGGAAAUGAUAGUCAACAUUUGGGUUACAAGGAUUUAAUUAAUUUAUUUAUUUAGCUGGUCCGAUUAUCUUAGUUGUGCCAGAAAAAUAUUUCCAGUUUAUAUAUAUGAGAUGUAUGUAUGAGAUGUUCUUUGA